UAGUUUUCUUGCUUCUGCUUUUAUGUUUUAACGCCGGACUGUGGGCAGAAACACAAGUUUAUUAGUUCAUAGUGGGGGGUUUUGCGUUUCUGUGAUGGACGUCACUUUUGGACUGGUUCCGUUCACCGUUACGCACAGGCUCGGUGGGUUCAAUCAGCUCGGCGGAGUUUUUAUCAACGGGCGGCCCUUACCGCACGAGGUUAGACAGCGCAUCGUGGAGCUCUCACAGCAGGGCGUGCGCCCCUGUGAGAUUUCCCGCCGCCUGCGAGUCAGUCACGGCUGCGUCAGCAAAAUACUGACCAGGUACAAUGAGACAGGAAGCAUUAGACCGGGGCUGAUAGGAGGCUCCAAGCCCAAGGUGGCAACCCCAAAAGUAGUUCAAAAGAUUCUGCAGCUGAAACACGACAACCCCACUAUGUUUGCCUGGGAGAUCCGAGACAGGCUGGUGCUGGAACAAGUGUGUGAUUGCAGCAACGUUCCCAGCAUCAGCUCUAUCAACAGGAUCAUCAGGAAGAAAAUACAGGCAAAGCCAUGUGAAGAUGAGGAGCUGGAGGAGGUGUCUGGGGAGAGGGAAGUCUGGGAGUCACUGUUGAGACUGCUGUACCCGUGA